AUGGCUUUUCUUCAAAGAGAACAAAUUGAUGAAGAACGUAUUAGUAUUAUUCCAAAAUUUUUAUCAGCAAUUGAAUGUCAGCAAUUAAUUGAAAGAGCAGAAAGAUCUGGUUUUAAGACAAGUCCUCCUUCAGGUGGUGGUCAUGGUCGUACUCAUCGUGAAGAUGCUCGAACUAAUGAAUAUACAGUUAUUACAGAUCAAUCAUUAGCUGAUAAAUUAUUUCAAAAAGUAUCACCUUUACUUCCUCAAACAUUAGAAUGGAUGCCAGAAAAUGCAUAUUUUACAAAAGAUAUUGGCGGACGUGAAUGGACAAUUGCAGGUUGUGUUGAUCGAUUACGUUUUUAUAAAUAUCAUAAAGAUGAAGAAUAUCCCGAACAUAUGGAUGGUAGUUAUAGUCGUACAAUUACACAUAAGAAUAAAACACAACAAUCAUUCAAACAACAUUCAUUUUUAACAUUAUUAAUUUAUUUAAAUGAUGAUUUUCAAGGUGGUGAAACAAGAUUUUUUCCUGAUAAACAACAUUGUCGAUUUCUUCGAGAUAUUGAAAAUAAACAACCUGUUUACGUGAUUGAACCAAAACAAGGAAUGGCUUUAGUUAAUAUUCAUAAUAUACUUCAUGAAGGAUCAAAAGUUCAAUCAGGUAUUAAAUAUGUAUUACGAACAGAUAUUUUAUAUCAGAAACCAAUGGAAUUACAUCCAAAACUUGAAAAAUAUGUACAAGAUAAUAAUGACAAAACUAUUAUUAGUGAAUGGGAAAAACAUUUCGAACCUUCAUGUAAAAUGUAUCAUGAUUAA